CAGUUUAGUGUUUGAAUAACGACAUUGAAAUUUGGAUUUUACUCAUGAAAUUUAAUAAAAAAAAUAAUGGUGUUCUAUUUGAAUAAUUCGUCACGGUUGUCCGACAUCCGAAGGACUCCAGGGGCGUAGUGAGGAUAGCGAAGGUUGCGGGCGCGCGAUGUGGGCGCUGCUACUGCUAGCGCUGCCCGCUCUGGCAGGAAGCAACACGGGUUUCGGUGCUGGCUACGGCGCAGGCGUCGCCGGUAGUGUGCAGGCUCCAGCAGAGGGUGGCACUGGGGGGCCUAUGUUUGCGACGCGACAGGCGCGAGUCGUUACGGCGCUUGAUGGCGGCACCGCCACUCUCACCUGUCGCGUACACAACAUCGGAGACAAAACCGUGUCGUGGGUGCGGUCGCGGGACCUGGUGAUUCUGAGCCAUGCUGGGCAGGUAUUCACGUCUGACGCGCGUGUGUCGACUUCUUCAGACGCCGGAACGAAUGUGUUGCACGUUGAGCGCCUGCGGCCUUCCGAUGCCGGCCGAUAUGAGUGCCAGCUCAAUACGGAGCCUAAAAUGAGUCUCUUUUUCGAACUCGUCAUUGUUGAUACAAUGGAAGAGCCGGAGGUCAUGCUGCACGAUCAGUCGCCGAUUGUAUCGGUACAAGCGGCGGCGGAGCCUGCGCCGCGUAUCACUACCGCUGUUAGCGCGUGUGAAGGGCAGUUUCUCAUGCCCGUGAUACUGCCGCUCCUGCUGCUACCGUUCAUCUAACUAGCAAGCGCGGACAUCAUUUGUAUUGUGUAUAUACUGCAACUGUAAAUAUCAUUGCCUUAAUUUAUCUUCAAUAGAAUUAUAAAUAAACGUAACUCCAUGUAGUUUAUUUGUCGAUUAAACAUGAAAUGUGGGCGACCUCCGUAGU